GAAGGGAGUAGCACACAGCAUUGUAUGAGAUCUUCAGUUUCUGGGCAUUUUGAGCCUUUUGAGCCCAUUUAUUUUUUACUAACCUGUACUGAAAUUGAAUGGUCUGUGUAGAGCUGUUUAGAGAUUUUGUUUUCCUUUCGUCUGCAAUUGUUCGUCGAUGGGCUCGAGGAGGUGAUGAUCAAGGUGUGUUAGUGAUUCGGAUGGAGGAAAGGAAAAGUGCAGAUGUUCCAAUUGAAAACAAAAGCUGCUGUGGCAUCAAAUGACCAACAGAAAUUCAACACUUUAGCAUGUACUUUUGAAUGCACCUCAAAAUUAUUUCAGUUGAAAAAAGAUUUCACUAUUACGGCAUAUAUGUGAAGGUUGUUUUCUGACAUUGCAUUACAAGUAUUGCUCACAAUGCCCCAUUAACAACUCUUGGUGAUCCAAGAGAUAUGCUACAGCUCAUUCAACCUGAACACCAUGCAACUGUUGGUAUAACUAGAGUUCAACUCAGGUUACUGCCAUGAUAUAAUCACUCACCCAUUGCUACAGAGUCUGUGGAAGGCUAAAUAAAUACUUCCUCGCAAGAAUAAUGUCAUGAUGCGAUUGAUUGAAUGUUACUAGUUGACACCUAUAUUUAUUUUCCCAGAAUACAAUGUUCACACUAGCAAAAGGGUAAUUUUAUUUGUUGGGAUUUUUUUCCUGCUUCCAGCCCAUUCAGAAACAAGCAAAACAUUGUAAAAAAUCAUUUUAAACAAAUACAACUUUUGUUUUCAUAAUAGGCCUAGUAUAAGCACUUGCAAAGUGACAUUAGCAGUUUGCCACCACCUAGAUUUUGACUGGGUGGGUUAGCAUAAUUCUAAUUUUCUAUACAGGUUGUAUACCUUUUUCUAUCAAUGUUAACAAAGCCUAUCAAUGCCUAUCAAUGACAAGACACCUAAUGUGCUGAAAUGUUUUAUGAUUACAUUUGCUGUUGUUCUUCAAAGGUAACUAGCUGUCUCACCAUGUAAAAUGUUACACGCAAUAUUUUUCUUCAGUUGUCCCUGUGGAGGAACCAUUUUCUUGUUCCAGCUUUUGUUGAUUUCUGGAUGAACCUAUGGGCUCAAGAUGUGUGGGGUGGAUGUGGACCUAGAUGACGGGAGCUCUGGUGAUGACGAGAGGGAGGAGGAGUUCUGGGUGCCGGAGGGGGUGAAGAUGAUGCACCCUCCCACUGCCCACAGUGCGGGUUCUGCGUGGGGCAGCCUCCGGGGCAGGUGUGGCUGUGUGGCGUGUGGUGCAGGUCUGGUGCUGUGGAACAUGGGCGUGGCCCUGGUGUGUGUGCUGAUCCUGGGGGUUGUGUUUGCCCUAGUCCUACUGCCUGCCUCACUGCUGCUCUAUGCUGGAUUCCUGUGCCAUUCGCGGGUCCUCGACUCCCCCUCGCCUGUAUGCCGUUACCUGGAUGACAACAGCUGCUCCGCGCUCAUCAUUUUGGGUUUUGUGGUAAUGUCGCCGCUGGUGGUGGUGGCGGCGGCCAUCUUCUGCGGGCUGCUCCGGAAGCUGCGUCUCCUGUUGCUCUUUCAGCCAAUUACACGAGCCUGGUACCGCGGACAGGGCUUGGACUGGGGAGGCGACAUACGUGCCUGGGUUUAACUGACCCAAAGCUCUUCUAAACCGGUGGCUGUGUUACCUACUGUAUUUAGAGUCCUGUUCAACUGUCGUGGAUGUCGUACAAUCAAAUGGAUACACUGUAAAUACACUGUGAACCAAGUAAUGUUUUGAAUACUGAGAGCUCUUCAUGUGGAACAGGCUGUGGCUGGUAUAUUGAAGGUCGGAGAGGAGAUAGUGGAGUUCCUGGUGGAGUGUACUAGCAGCUGUUCUCUGUGGAUUUGUAUUGGUUAUGUUUAUGAAUCUGUUUUACCAUGUUUAUGACCUGUUAACCCAUAUGGUUGUCCAUCUGAUGUAGCAGAAGAAUGAUAUUCAGUAACCAUACACAGUUUUUAUGCAAUUUACGUUGAAUAAAAAAAAUGUCACGAAAGGUGUAAAGGAAUAGAACGUGUCAGUGAAAUACAAUUUACGUUGUUAGUUUGACAUGGCUGGAUUCCCGCGAUGGAAAGAUAAUCAUGCUGGAAAUGCUUUUUGUUUUGUGGUCCUCCCACGACCACUCAGAAAAGCAGACAGUUUAUAUGACUGGAUGAAAAAAGGCUGAUGACCUUCACAGGGUUGUGAAAGUACAUGGGGUUGAGCUGGACGCUCCUUUCCAAUAAUGAUUGACGGUUUUACGGUGUUAACACGAAGAUUGAUGCAUGGCCGGCGUUGGAUGAAUACAGAUACUGUUGUUUUUGUCCAUAAUAUUCCCAUCAUAAAGCCUAGGGUCUACUGUACCGACACGGUAUUUGUGUACUUUUGGAUAGAGAGCUUUUGUCAAGAGCAGCCAGGCGCACACCUACUUACUGCAACAGCUGUUGUGACAAAGUCCUCUUUAUACUGUAGUUAUACAUUUGAAACCCUUUCUGUUGUUGUUGUUGUUAUAAGGUGCAUAUAUCCUCAUGCAUUUCUUCAGAUCCCCUUAACUUCUGUUUGCUGAAAACACACAACUGAUAAGGAAAUGCACAUAUUUUUCUCAUUCAGAUUUUCAAAUAUGUAAUUAGGGUGGAAAACUAGUUAACAUAGUAGC